AUGGCCUCAGGGCUGCUCCUUGAAGUCCCACCAAACCAGAACACUCAGCUCAGCUCGGCUCGCGCCAAGCGGAGAAACCACCUGAUGCUGGGAAUGUCCAGAUGGCUUUCCACUGCAGAACCUGGAAAAAGAAGAAGAAAUCCUGGGCCAAUUGUACCAUUUCGUGCCUUUCCUUCCCCCACACCUAAGGGAGCACCGUGUCCCCUUCCUGACAUUCUGCUCAUGUUCCUGGUCCAUGAGGCUUUAAUGAGUUCUACAAGCCCUGCUAGCCCAACUCCUGGGACUCUGACUCCGUUCCUGGGCUUUUUUUUACACCGAGAUCUACACCGGAAAGCCGCUGAGCGCCCCCCACCAGUGGCUCACAACUGUGCAAGCAAAACCCCUGGGGACUCCGAUGUGACCUGCACACCACUCGCAGUGUGCCCCCUAAUGGCACAAUGGGGACCUGCUACAAUGUGA